UCUUGCCCAAAGUGGAGAUAGGGUGAUAAAUAACCCGCAUUACCGGUGGGGUAGAUCCGCGAGCUGCAUGAACGGGACUGUGUUCCAAUCGGGACUAGUAUUUGUUACGACUUGAAUGUUUCCACCGAUCUCAUUCAGAAAAACGCACCACCCGGCUGGUCAGCCUACUCCUCCAUUCCCGAUCCCCUAAAAUGUACCGUUCAUUUCAGAUCUGAAUUCUCUUGGAUCUCUCCCUUCUUGCGAUAGAUUUCCAGAUUCCUGUACCCAGAGCCUUUGAAACAUUGAAGCCGCAAUAGGUUCUGAAAGGGGGAUAAUGUUGACGAAAUUCGAGACCAAGAGCAAUCGGGUGAAAGGUCUUAGUUUUCACAGCAAGCGGCCUUGGAUCUUGGCAAGUCUCCACAGCGGUGUGAUCCAGCUAUGGGACUAUCGGAUGGGCACCCUCAUUGAUCGGUUCGACGAACACGAUGGCCCCGUUCGUGGGGUUCACUUUCACAAAUCGCAACCUCUGUUUGUUUCAGGAGGUGAUGAUUAUAAAAUCAAGGUAUGGAAUUAUAAGCUGCACAGAUGUCUGUUUACCCUCCUUGGACAUCUUGAUUACAUCAGGACUGUUCAGUUUCAUCAUGAAAACCCAUGGAUAGUUAGUGCAAGUGAUGAUCAGACAAUCAGGAUAUGGAACUGGCAGUCUAGAACAUGUAUUGCUGUCUUGACUGGUCACAACCAUUAUGUGAUGUGUGCAUCAUUUCAUCCUAAGGAGGACUUGGUUGUUUCAGCAUCUUUGGAUCAGACUGUUCGGGUCUGGGACAUUGGUGCCAUGAGGAAGAAAACAGUUUCCCCUGCUGAUGACAUUCUACGCUUGAGUCAAAUGAAUGCUGACUUCUUCGGUGGGGUUGAUGCUGUGGUGAAGUAUGUACUAGAGGGCCAUGAUAGAGGUGUUAAUUGGGCUUCUUUUCAUCCUACACUCCCCCUAAUUGUUUCUGGGGCAGAUGAUCGCCAAGUGAAAAUUUGGAGGAUGAAUGACACGAAAGCAUGGGAGGUGGACACUUUGAGAGGCCACAUGAACAAUGUUUCUUCUGUUUUGUUUCACUCGAGGCAAGAUAUUAUUGUUUCAAAUUCAGAGGAUAAGAGCAUACGUGUAUGGGAUGCUACGAAAAGGACUGGCCUUCAGACUUUCCGGAGGGAACAUGACAGGUUCUGGAUUCUUACAGCUCAUCCCGAGAUGAAUCUUCUUGCAGCUGGGCAUGACAGUGGGAUGAUAGUAUUCAAGCUAGAGAGGGAACGCCCUGCUUUUUCUGUCAGUUCUGAUUCUCUGUUUUAUGUGAAGGACCGGUUCCUGCGAGUAUUUGAAUAUUCAACUCAAAAAGACACACAGCUGAUACCGAUACGUAGGCCCGGAUCAAAUGGGUUGAAUCAAGGUCCACGAACCCUUUCAUACAGCCCUACUGAGAAUGCUGUCUUAAUAUGCGCCGACAUAGACGGCGGUUCAUACGAACUGUAUAUCGUCCCCAAAGACAGUUAUGGGAGGGGUGACACUGUUCAGGAUGCAAAAAGAGGAGUUGGGGGGUCUGCUGUGUUCAUUGCUCGAAACAGGUUUGCAGUCCUCGAGAAGAGCACCAAUAGUGUUUUGGUGAAGAAUCUCAAGAAUGAAAUUGUCAAGAAGAGUGUUCUUCCUAUUGCUACUGAUGCAAUAUUUUAUGCCGGCACCGGGAAUUUGUUGUGCCGGGCAGAGGAUAGAGUGAUUGUAUUUGAUCUCCAACAGAGGGUUGUCCUUGGAGACCUUCAAGCAUCUUUUGUCAGGUACAUUGUGUGGUCGCAUGACAUGGAGAGUGUAGCUUUGCUUAGCAAGCAUUCUAUUAUCAUAGCAGACAAGAAGCUGGUGAACCGUUGUACACUUCACGAGACGAUCCGUGUUAAGAGUGGAGCUUGGGAUGAUAAUGGGGUUUUCAUAUAUACUACCCUAACCCACAUCAAAUAUUGCCUUCCAAAUGGUGACAGUGGAAUUAUCAAGACCUUGGAUGUCCCUGUCUAUAUCACAAAAAUAUAUGGAAACACAAUCUUCUGCCUUGACCGAGACGGAAAGGUCCGGCCCAUUAUCAUUGAUUCAACCGAGUACAUUUUCAAGCUAUCGCUGUUGAGGAAGAGAUAUGAUCAGGUGAUGAGCAUGAUAAGGAACUCAGAACUCUGCGGCCAAGCCAUGAUUGCAUAUUUACAGCAGAAGGGAUUCCCAGAAGUCGCUCUUCAUUUUGUCAAAGAUGAACGCAUCCGUUUUGGAUUAGCACUGGAGAGUGGGAACAUCGAGAUCGCCCUUGAAUCUGCUAAGAAGAUAGAUGAGAAAGAUCAAUGGUAUAGGCUAGGAGUGGAGGCCCUCCGGCAGGGCAAUGCUGGAAUCGUUGAAUAUGCAUACCAGAAGACAAAGAACUUUGAGAGGCUCUCUUUUCUUUAUCUGAUAACAGGGAACCUGGAGAAGUUAUCUAAGAUGAUGAAAAUCGCUGAGGGGGAGAAGGAAGUCAUGGGUCAGUUUCACAAUGCUCUGUACCUAGGUGACAUCCGUGAGCGUGUCAAAGUUUUGGAGAAUGCUGACCAUCUGCCCCUUGCCUAUAUCACUGCCUCAGCCCAUGGCCUCACUGACAUCGCUGAGCGUCUUGCAGAAAAACUAGGUGAUGAUAAUAUCCCUUCAUUCCCAAAAGAAAAGAAGGCUUCUCUUUUGCUACCUCCAACUCCAAUAUCUCGUGGGGAAGGAGAUUGGCCUCUGCUGAUGGUCAGUAAAGGCAUAUUUGAAGGCACUCUGAACAUUCCAAAUGGAGGCGGUUCGAAUGAUGAAUAUGAAGAAGCUGCUGAUGCUGAUUGGGUUGAGGAUUUGGACAUUGGGGAGGAGGAUAAUCUACAGAACGGAGAAAUGGCGUUGGCGGAUGUGGAAGGUCAGGAAGAAACUGAGGGAGGAUGGGAGUUGGAGGAUUUGGAUCUCCCACUUGAAAGCGACACACCGAAGACCACCACUAAUGCAUCACGGUCUUCUUUGGCAUUUGUUGCUCCGACACCUGGCAUGCCGGUGAGUCAGAUCUGGAUGCAAAAAUCAUCUCUUGCUGCUGAACAUGCUGCUGCCGGAAACUUCGACACGGCAAUGAGGUUGCUGAACCGACAGCUGGGUAUAAAAAACUUCUCUCCUCUGAAGCAAUUGUUUGUCGAUCUUCACACAGGCAGCCACAGUUACUUGCUCGCCUUCUCUUCAGCCCCGGUGAUUUCUACUGCCAUUGAGAGGGGUUGGAGUGAGUCUGCAAUUCCAAACGUGCGGGGCCCACCUGCACUCGUUUGCAAUUUCUCUCAGCUGGAAGAGAAACUCAAAGGUGGGUAUAGGCUGACGACACAAGGGAAGUUCUCUGAGGCGCUCCGGAAUUUUGUAAACAUCCUCCACACGAUUCCCUUGGUGGUUGUUGAGUCACGGCGAGAGGUGGACGAGGUGAAGGAAGUUGUUGCCAUUGUGAAGGAGUAUGUUUUGGCUCUUCAGAUGGAGCUUAAGAGGAAGGAAAUGAAGGACAACCCAGUUCGCCAGCAGGAGUUGGCAGCAUAUUUCACUCAUUGUAAUCUCCAGAUUCCACAUUUGAGGCUUGCUUUACAGAAUGCCAUGACUGUGUGCUUCAAGGCAAGUAAUAUGGCCACGGCUGCCAACUUCGCCAGGCGGUUGUUGGAGACUAACCCAACGAAUGAGAACCAGGCAAAGGUGGCCAGACAAGUUCUGCAGAAAGCCGAGAGAGACAUGCAAGAUGCUUCGCAGCUGAAUUAUGAUUUUCGGAACCCUUUUGUUGUUUGUGGGGCUACCUAUGUCCCUAUCUACAGAGGACAGAAGGACGUCACUUGCCCUUACUGCACUACUCAUUUUGUUCCAUCCCAAGAAGGGAAGAUCUGCGGGGUUUGUGAUCUUGCUGUGGUUGGAGCAGAUGCAUCCGGUUUACUUUGUUCUCCCACCCAGGUAAGGUAAGUAAGCAGGAUUAUCCUGAAUUUGAGAUGGUUAUAUAUUGUGGUUGGCAUGUUUUUUUCUACUUCACAAUUGAAACUAAAAGGACGAGUUUUGAUCGAAUCCUUCUUCACUGCUGGUUUAUAUUUGUUUCUUUUUUUGCAGCUAGUUUUUUUGAAACUUUAUUUCCUCAUUAUUUUAGUUAAUGCAAUUUCUAUUGGAAUAAUAAAUAUUGUAUUUCUCUAUUUCUGGGAUUAAAGCUUAAGCAGCAAGUUCACUAGUAACAACUUGGCAAUCGGCAUGUCACUAGGGUUAGUUGGUAAACAAUCUUAAAGAGAAUUAACUUUCUUGUGGUAUAAUUGUUCGGUCAUG